CUACUUCUCCAUAUUCCAUCUAUUCCAGUGGCUCAGAUCCAUACAAACAAGAAAGAAAAAAAAAAUUCACUACCAUUCUCACACUCGUUCUUCAAUCUUAAUACCACUAUCUAUCUUCACCAAAUCCACUCACUAAUACCAUCACCAUGUCCGUGACAACCACCUCAACCGGCACCGCCGCCUCCGCCUCCUCCACCUGCAUCAACAAGCUCUACGACAUCCCCGUCAAAGAUGCCGCCUGCGCCAUGCCCAUGCGCAACAACAACUCCGCCAUCAUGAGCAGCUGCUGUGGCUCCGCCUCCAUCGUCUCCUAUGACAGCUGCGACUACUACUGUCUGGCCCAGGACCAGACCGUCGGUACCCUGGCCGAAUGUCUCAUCAAGGCCUCCGAGGCCGGUGAGGUCUGGUGUAACACUAACGCCAACGCUACUGCUACCGGUAGCGUUCCUACCACUGGCGCUGGCACUGUCGUCUCGACUGCUACGGCUACCGGUGGCUCGUCUAGCACUGGGUCCAGCACUUCCAGUGGUUCGACGGCUUCGUCGACUAGUGGUGCUGGUGUGGCGGUUACGAAGAAGAGUGUGGGUGUGUUGGCGCUGUUGUUCUUUGGGUCGACUGCGGGUUUCUUGUUGUAAGAAAGAGAUUAAUGGGAUUGGAUUAAGGGGUAGUUUGAUACGGGGGUUUAGAUUAGGUGGAUUGGAUGGAUAUUGUUUUGUAUAGAGCAGAACAGAGCAGAGCAGGCUCGUACAGUAACUUGGGGAAAAGAUCGUCUUGAUUCGAACCAUUUUGCUAGCGGAAGUCCGUCCUUCUUAGCAUAACUUUGAUCUUUCAUUUGUUUGUUUGUAUUAGAUACUACCAUUGAUGCUUUCUUCACUUCGUCCA